AUGCGUUCAACCGCCGCAGCUGGUGAAAUUGUUCUUUUUGGCCCCCCAGAGCCGCUGAUAAUGGUUGGUACUGAAACACGCAUGAUGUCAGUUGUUCAAGUUGGUCUCUUGCGGGAAUCCGAAACGCCAGGAUUUGCCCAUUACUCUGUGGCAUGGUCCCCUUUUCACAAUUCUCGCAUCGCACUCGCCUCAGCUGCCAAUUUCGGUCUUGUGGGUAAUGGUCGCCUACACAUGGUAUCGCUGAUUCCAGGAGUCGGUGGCUCACCUGCGGUGAAACUUGAUAAACAAUACGAGACCCAGGACGGCAUAUACGACGUUGCAUGGUCAGAAAUUCACGAGAAUCAACUGGUUACAGGCUCGGGAGAUGGAGCGCUGAAGCUAUGGGAUGUAUUGCUAAAUGACUUUCCAAUACGCUCUUGGCAUGAGCACAGUCGUGAAGUUUUCUCCGUCGAUUGGUCGAAUAUCAAGAAAGACACGUUCGCGUCCUCCUCAUGGGAUGGAAAUGUCAAACUGUGGACACCAGAAAUGCCUCGUUCAGUGACAACACUGCAUGCACACCUGUCAUGCGUGUACCAGGCUCUAUUCUCUCCUCAUCAACCAGAUAUCCUCGCUACAUGUUCAACGGAUGGAACCAUGAAAAUAUUUGAUCUUCGUUCCCCCGCUUAUGCCACUGGCCCCACCACAAAUUCCUUCACGCACCCCUUGUCUGCUGCAGUCUUGACCGUCCCUGCAUCUGGCACUGAGUUGCUCACCCUUGAUUGGAAUAAGUAUCGACCUUUUGUGCUGGCAACCGCUGGCGUUGACAAGAUGGUGAAGGUGUGGGAUUGUCGGAUGAUUCAGAGCGCCAACCCGAGUGCUCAGACAAUUGGUGGGGUUUGCGAGAUUCAGCUUCCAGGUCAUGAAUAUGCAGUACGAAAAGUCCAAUGGAGUCCUCACCACCCAGACAUUUUGGCUACAGCCAGCUACGACAUGACAUGUAGGAUAUGGUCGUCCAACCCAUCCGCAGGGGGUUCCAAUCUCCUUCAGGUCCAUGAUCCUCAUACGGAGUUUGCGGCUGGUUGUAGUUGGUCCCUCUACGACGAAGGGUUAAUUGCAAGUUGUGGAUGGGAUGGGAAACUAAUUGUAUUCCGUGCUUAAACGAGCAUUGUCGCUUCUAUGUUGUGCCUUCAUACCACUGUGACUGCACGCGGAAUUUUCUGCGGGAGACGGUGGGAUAAUUUCUAUUGCAAUGUACUGAAAAGCUUUGUGGUGUAUUUGACAUCCUUAAAAACUCACACUCACGUGUUGGGGCUUGAUGUGCGACACAUGUCCCAAGUACUCUCCUCAGCUUAUUGUUGAUGAGUCUACCUAAUGUGUCAUGCCACGGUAUGUGUA